AUGACGGAGACCGUGCCUGAGAUACGGGUGACCGAUUCACAUGCGCCCGACGAAGAUGAAUUCAUCUCUCCAGGCGCGUCGCCCAAUCCGUCGCCUGGAGCGUCCCCGUCGCUGUCCCCGUCGCCAAGCCUCGCUGCCACGGUCUCUUCGAAUGAAACCGGACCAAAAUCGCGCUCUGAUGGAGAAGCUAAGCCGACUGCGACAUCUAAGAUUCUCCCAAACAAGAUUAUUCGCAACUUGUCAGCCAAAGACGCUUUGAACCAGAGCCAGACAUCGCUACCUCAGAGCGCAGAUGACUCUCAAGCAUCAUUGGCGGUAAUCGAUCCGCUCUCACAACAUAUCCUCAAACGCACGCAUACGGAGAACCUUAUCCCGCAGAAGCUGAGAAGCAGCGCCCUUGAAGCAGCAGGCAAUCGCGAUGACGGAUCCGCUGUCGCACCGCCAGGCGAUCGUAGCGCUCCUGCUGAGCCCGCCCGGGGCGAGACAAGCGCUGCCGCGCCGCAGAAGGAGAAAAGGAAAGGUGUCUCGUUCCUUAGUCGAUUCAUGGGAAAUAAGAGAAGGGAUUCAUCUUCAGACUACAAUGAAGAUGGUUCUGAACAAGGGGAUAGUAGGAUAGAAGGCAUGGAAGCUCGGGUGUUUUCCCACCCGGUGGAACACAUUGCCUAUUCGCCGCGAUUUCCCCCACCUCCAAAAUACAUUAAGGUGAGGUCUCGAAACAAGAGGGAAAAGGACUUUAAUCGCCUUUUCCUUGCCCAGGAGCUCCAGAAUAGCAGUACAGCUGAGGCAUCGCAAACAUCACCAACUCCGAAAGCCUGCGCUACCUGGGCGCUAGAAUUUAGCAAGGAUGGGAAAUAUCUGGCUGCGGGUGGAGAGGACAAGGUUGUCCGGGUGUGGGCUGUAAUCUCAACGCAAGAAGAGCGAGAAGCACAUGAGAACGAAGAAGAUGCGACGGCCGACCAUACCGGAGAAGACGCGAUCCGAUUAGACGCUCCGGUUUUCAAGAGGAAUCCAAUACGCGUGUACAAGGGCCAUACAUCUACGGUAUUAGAUCUGAGUUGGAGCAAGAACAACUUUUUGCUUUCCUCGUCAAUGGACAAGACUGUGCGCCUAUGGCAUGUCUCUCGAGCGGAAUGUCUCUGUUGUUUCAAACACAAUGAUUUUGUCACCUCUAUUCAAUUUCAUCCGCGUGAUGAUCGGUUCUUUUUGGCUGGAUCGUUGGACAUGAAGUUGCGCCUAUGGAGCAUUCCCGACAAGAGCGUAGCAUACUGGAACCAGGUGCCUGACCUCGUUACCGCCGUCGCAUUCACUCCAGAUGGUCGCAUAGCAAUCGCGGGCUGUCUCAAUGGAGUAUGUCUCUUUUACGACACUGAAGGGCUAAAAUACCACACGCAAAUCCACGUCAGAUCUGCGCACGGCCGAAACGCCAAGGGCAGCAAGAUUACCGGAAUUCAGGCUAUCAAUCUACCUCCCGACAAUCCCAAUGGAGAGGUCAAGCUUCUCAUCACAAGCAACGACUCGCGUGUCAGACUCUACAACUUCCGGGACAAGGGAUUAGAAAUCAAAUUUAAAGGCAACGAAAACACAUGCAGUCAAAUCCGCGCCACUUUUAGCGACGACGCGCGCUAUGUCAUUUGUGGCAGCGAGGACCGCAAGGCAUACAUAUGGACAACCGGACCCGCAGAAGGCGAGAAGAAAGACAGGCAACCCGUUGAGUUUUUUGAAGCACAUCCAGCCAUUACAACAACGGCAAUCUUUGCGCCGAGCAAGACGCGUCAACUACUCGGACGCUCUGGCGAUCCUCUCUACGAUAUUUGCAAUCCACCGCCCGUUGUACUUGUGUCGGCCGAAUCAGAAAUAUCGUCGAAACGCUCAGACGACAACCUCAAAGCGACCACGACUAAAGGCAGCUCCAGACGACCAUCAACCAAUGAGAGACCAGCUGAAUCACCCGGCUACAUUGCUCGAUCCACGCAUAAGAAUGGCAAUAUCAUAAUCACGGCCGACUAUCUAGGCCUUAUCAAAGUCUUUCGCCAGGACUGCGCAUACCAAAAGCGCCGCAGCGACAACUGGGAGACCGCGUCAUCCUUCUCCAGACGCAUCGGCUCCGGCUUUCUCGGUCGAUCCCCUAGCACGUCUACCAAAGCCAGCGCUGGCCGGCUCCGCAGCAACCACAACAACGCACUGCAUGGACUCUCGCAGCCAUCGUCUGAUCGUAUUCUCUCCUGGCGCAACUCUAUCGUCAGCAACCAGAGCCUCGACGGCGGAAUUUACGCCAAUGCGAACGGCAACCGACAUCGUAGUUCGUCGCCCCGAAAACCCGUCAGCCGCAAAUCGUUCCAAUCUUCCCGCUCGGCGCACAGACCGACCACCAAUGGAUCAAGCCAUCUCGCGCGGACUCCAUCUGCCAGCGCUCCUUCUCUCGAAUUGGCUCAGAACCAGCAACCCCAGCAUCAUGAUCAUCGUUUUCAUAUCCCUUUAACUUCCAAGUCUCAACACAAGCAGCAGCAGCAGCAGCAGCAGCAGCAGCAACCAUCGACCCAAAGCAAAGACUCAUUACCGUCCACAUCGCCACCUCCGCCAUCCCAAAAACAGCAGCCGCCGCAAUCCAAUCGCUCUUCGACCACAACCAACGGCACUACCAUCCCCGCAGCCGCAGCCGCAGUCGGCGCCGGUAACGCCAACGCCACCACCUCCACACCAUCCUCCCGCGCCCCUUCCAUCCCCGGCCUCCCCAAAACCACCGACGAAAACCCCCUCGCGCUCCAGGGCGACCAGUCCUAUCUCUUCUGGGACCAGCAAAACUGGCGCGGGCAGCAAUUCCAUCUCUGGCAAACCGACACUGGCAAUGGCCCUAAUCCUAAUGGAGAAGCAGGAGGGGGAGGAGGAGCGGGAGGAGGAGGACAAGCAGGCUCAGACGUAGACCAAAACGGUCUUUUACGUCCCCCGCGCGCGUCAGUCGUCAGUCGCAAUUCCAUCUCCAGCACCCUCAGCUCGGAAGAAUCUCCCCUCUCCGGCGAAAGCUCAGACGAUGAUGCCGAUGACGAACAGCUGAGUUGUCGCCGUUGCGGAAGUACCAGUUUCAAAGCAAAAACUCGGGCGCGUGGCGGGCCCCAGAAGCUGGUCUGUACGAAUUGUGGCAUGACUGCUUAG